AUAGAAUAGUAAAAGACCAGAAUAAGAGUAUUGAGAAAAGUAUUGAUAAGCAAAGAUGGGAAAACUUUGGACAGUUCUGGAAAGGGAAAAUGAAUAAAAGUAUUUUCUCUUGUUAUUUGCUGUUGCUUCAUUUAUUUGGUUCAGCAAAAGGUUUGAGGUAAAAUUUUAUCCCUUGUUUGAAAUUUGUUUUUUUCUUGACAAUUUUUGAUGACAUUUUUUACUAUGCAACAAAAAUAAUGAAAAAAAAUCUUAAGUAGGUUAGUACUUUUGGUCUACUCUCCAGUCUUCAAUAGCAACAGAAUAUGAUUUACAAACCAAUUUCCAUAGACAUAUGUGGGGAAUAGCAUAGCACAGCAGGAAAGAGAAUGCUAGUCAAGGACUCAGUAAAAUCUGGGUUCAAAUUUCACCUGUGACAUAUUAGUUGUAUGACCAUUGACAAAUCACUUCUAUUUUCUAAGCUUCAGGCAAUUCCAUACUAUUUUAAGUCAUAAGAGAAUUGUCAUCGAUAUGUAUUUUCAUACAUAUAUGUAUGGGUGGGUCAGUAAGAAUUUGAAGAGCUUAGAAUCCAUGUCCUCUUAUAGAAAAUGGUGUCUUGAGAAAACUGGGACCAUUAUUCUAAAAACCAAUGUUGAAGUUUGCAGAAUAAGGGGCAUUCAUACAUAGGGAAUGAUGCCAGCAAAGAUUUUUGUGUUUUUUCUAUAUACUUUCAUCUAUGAAAUAAUUACUGAUAAUCACAUGAAGCCGAAGUGAUGAUUAAAGACAUCAUUAGCCAGUUCUGAGUAUUUUCAAAAGACAAACUUCUACUACAGAUACCAGAAAGUGAUUCCCUAGUCACUGGCUUCCCUUCUAAGUAUCUGAAGUGUAGCUAUGGCAGUCAAGGACUUUCAAAACUCCAUAAUCAUCUGUAUCAACUGUUUAUACAAAUGUGUCAUGAGGUUCAGUAAUGGUGUGCUUUGCUGAAUAAAGCCCUGGGCAAAAAGAAAAUUAUAGUGUUAAAUUUACUACUUGCUGACUUGAACAGUGUCUUCAUCUUGUUCUAGGAUACAUAGUAAAAUUGGAUACUCAGGGUAAUAUACCUCUUUCUUCUUCUCUGAUAUAUUAAGUUUGGGUUUGAGACAUUGGUUCCUGGAAUCAGUUGCUUUUCCUACAAAUAAAGACAUUUGAGGAUAUGUACAGCAUUCUGAAGGCCAAAAAUACAAGGAAAAUUUCAAGCCAUCUAGUCAUGCUACUCUGUUUGAGGAAAUGAGAAUAUAUUUUGAGCAGAUAGAAUGAUUGUGAUGUAAAAUCUGUACGCUUUAUCCAGGUCAUAGGCUAGGCUUUUAACUCAUUGAAACUCUUCAAUGAGACUGAAACCAGGCUGAAAACCAUGUUCUCAUGGCCACAAUAUUGCUGCUAAGCUAGAUCCUUUCCAACUUGACCAAUCUAUAACUGACUAUCCUGAAGAAAUUUAUUGGCAUUUUCACUAUAUGAUUCUCUAGACUUAAAAGGGAAGACAGUUUGCUUUACUGUAGAUAUAUUGUCAUUCGUUGUAGCAGCUAGUUGGCAUAGAGAAUAAAAUACUCCACAUAAAAUCAGAGAAAUCUGAAUUUAAAUUCUGUUUCAAACACUUACUAUUUGUGUCCCAGUAAGCAAGUCACCUAACAUUUCUCAGCCUACACUUCCUCAUUAGUAAAAUUUUAAGGGUCAAAUGAAAAAGUCCUUUGAAAAGACCUAUGCAAAACUCUAUAAAAAGCUUCAUAUUAUUUAAUUAGAUUAAUUAAUCAAUUCCAUCAGCAAGAAUUCAAACGAAACAUUCUUAGUUUGGAAACUCUUAUAUUCCCAUGUCUUUUUCAACUCAACAGAAGAAAUGAAUGAGAAGUUCUAAGUGUCUAGUCCACCUAAUAUCACCUUUCUUUAUACAACAAUGGAAAAUACCUCAUAUUGCUUCAAAUAAGAGCUGAAUGAGAAAAACCACAGUCUAAAAAUACUAAGAAUCCUGUCCCUUCAUAGAUGCCAUUUCUAUGUCUCUAAAUUGUGUCCUUCUACAAUCGAGCAACACUGGGUACUGUUUCCUAGCUCUCAGCCACCACAGAACACUUUAACUGGCCUCUGCAGAAUUCUGGACUUAAAUUUGGGUUUCCCGCUUGCCAACUGAAAAUCACUGGCUUAAUAGAUAUUUUCUAAACCCAUUGGAAGACAAUUAGACAAUUGAAUUGGAAAUGAAAAUGUCUUUGAGAAACUUAAGCCAUGAAAUGAAAAAAUUGCUCCUGGAAGUAAUGGUAAACUCUAUUUUUAGUGUAAUAUGUGACUUACAUCACUGAUUUGGCAAAUGGAAUUCAACUUACUGAGGUAGGGUACCUAUUGAUUGUCAUUAUAGAUCAUGAAACCCUUCCUCCCCACCCAACCCCCCAGCUCAUUUUUCUGGGGCUCUUUUGUGAAUUUGUGUAAAUUCCUUUUGCAUUUAGCUUUCAGGGGGAGAAUGUGAAGUUAUCCUUUCAGACACUGGGUGGUGCUGUAGGCUAAAGAAGGCCCGGCCUCACCUCACCACCCAUCCGAGGAAAUACUGAAUUAGAAAAAACUCAGAAGGGGAAGCUUUAUAAGGAGGAACGGAGAGCUCAAACCCGAGCUUCUUGAGACAACAACACAAGCCUGACGAUUGGAAUUGGAAAGAAAAGGAGAAAUUUCUUUCACUGAAGGGACCUGGCAUUCAGGAUAUAAUGAAGCCGAACAGGCAAGUGAUAUGUGUUGUUUUCUUAUUGUGCGUUUGUGAGGCUGGCUCAGCUAAAAACAGGAUUUCUGUGGCAGAGGAAAUGGAGGUUGGUUCCUUUGUGGCUAAUGUGGCAAAGAGCUUGGGGCUGGAGGUGAGGGAACUGUCUGCUCGGGGGGCCCGUGUCCUCUCCGAGGACAAUCGACAAUAUUUUCAGCUUAACGUGGGGAGUGGGGAUCUGCUCCUGAGAGAGAAACUGGACCGGGAGGAGCUGUGUGGUCCCACGGAGCCCUGUCUGCUGCCUUUUCAGAUCUUACUGGAAAAUCCCUUUCAGAUAGUUCACGCUGAGCUCUGGAUCCAAGAUAUCAACGAUCAUUCACCUGUUUUCCCAAACACUGAAAUGCUCCUAAAUGUCCCGGAAAGUAGCCUCCCCGGGUCUGUGUUUUCUCUGAAAAAUGCGCAAGAUUUGGACGUAGGAAGCAAUAAUAUUCAGAACUACACAAUCAGCCUGAAUUCCUAUUUCCACGUUCAAACCCGUGCUCGCGGAGAUGGAAGGAAGUUCGCAGAGCUGGUGUUGGACAAAGCGCUGGAUAGGGAGAUGCAGCCCGAGGUCACUUUAACUCUCAUUGCCCUGGAUGGAGGGUCCCCUCCCAGGUCUGGAGCAGCUCAAAUCAGAGUCUUGGUUGUAGACGUCAACGAUAAUGCUCCUGUUUUUUCCCAGGCUCAGUAUGAUGUUCAGAUCCCAGAGAAUGGCGCUAUUGGCUCCCUGGUUGCCACAGUCACUGCUACAGAUUUGGAUAUAGGAAACAAUGGGCAAAUAUCAUACUCCUUUUUUCAAGGCUCCGAAGAAAUUGUAAGUACUUUUGAAGUAAAUAGCACCUCAGGAGACAUUAGAACGAGAAGAAAACUAGACUUUGAGGCAAUUAAAUCUUAUGAGGUGGAUAUUGAAGCCACAGAUGGAGGGGGUCUUUCAGGAAAAUGUACUGUAGUGGUCCAAGUGACAGAUGUAAACGACAACGCCCCGGAACUCGCCAUAUCGUCGUUUACCAGCCCUAUUCCCGAAAAUUCACCUGAAACCGUGGUAGCUGUUUUGAAGAUUCGAGAUCAAGAUUCGGGAGACAAUGGGAAAAUGGUUUGCUCUAUCGAGGGAAAUGUCCCUUUCAUCUUGAAACCAUCUGUAGACAACUUUUACACUCUGUUAACGGAGAGCCCUCUGGAUAGAGAAAGUAGAUCCCAGUACAAUAUCACCAUUACUGUCACUGAUCUGGGGACUCCCAGGCUCACAACUGAGCGAAAUAUCACUGUAUUAAUUUCUGAUGUCAAUGACAACCCUCCAGCUUUUACUCAGACAGCCUAUGCCUUCUACCUCCAGGAGAACAAUAUUCCAGCCCUCCACUUUGGCAGUGUGAGGGCCAAUGACAGGGACUCAGGAACCAAUGCCAAGAUUACCUAUUCCUUUCAGUCUCCUGUAACUGGAGAUCUGCCCCUCUUUUCCUACAUCUCCAUCAACUCUGACAAUGGUCAUCUCUAUAUUCUGAGAUCUCUGGAUUAUGAAGCCAUCCAAGCUUUCCAGUUCACUGUGACUGCAACUGAUGGAGGCUCCCCAGCUCUGAGCAGCCAGGCUCUGGUUCAGGUUGUGGUCCUGGAUGAGAAUGACAACACUCCCUUUGUGCUAUAUCCACUGCAGAAUGGCACAGCUCCCUGCAAUGAUCUGGUGCCCAGGGCUGCAGAGCCUGGUUACCUAGUGACCAAGGUAGUAGCUGUGGAUGGAGACUCAGGGCAGAAUUCCUGGCUUUCCUACCAGCUGCUCAAGGCCACAGACCCAGGACUCUUCACUGUGUGGGCACACAAUGGGGAAGUGUGCACAGCAAGGCCCAUCAGUGACAGAGAUGCCACCAAGCAGAGGCUCCUGGUGCUGGUGAAAGACAAUGGGGAGCCACCUCAGUCUGCAGUGGCCACCCUGAAUGUCCUCUUGGUGGAUGGCUUCUCUGAACCCUACCUGCAACUCCCAGAUGCACCCAAGGAGCAGGUCCAGGUUGACUCCCUCACCAUUUAUUUGAUCAUUUCUUUAGCAGUCAUCUCCUUUCUUUUUCUGGUCUCUAUUCUUAUGUUUAUUGGUGUACGCCUGUGGAAGGGGAAAAGAGAUGCCACAGACUGUAGUCGAUUUGAUUCAAAUGGUCCCUUCCCAGGCCACUUGGUGGAUGUCACUGGGACAGGAACCUUGUCCCACAGCUACCAGUAUGAGGUGUGUCUGACCAGUAACUCGGGGACCAGUGAAUUCAAAUUCUUAAAGCCUGUUCUACCCAUUGUCCCUCCUCAAGCUGCUGGCAGGGACUCAGAGGAAAAUCCUUCCCUUAGAAAUAGCUACAUGCUUACUUAAGUAUUAUAAUAGCUGAUCAACAGAAAUGUAAUGUCAUCAUUUUGUAAACCCAUUUCUACUGCUACUUAAUGAAUCUUUCAUCUUUCAUCUUUGCCUAGGUAGGGGGAACUUUGAUCCUGAUAACAAAAGUUUGUCUUAGAAUGUGGUGAAAAGUGUUAUUCGUUCUGAAAUUUUCCUAGUGAUCUUACUUUGGGUAAAAUAUUUGACUGGCUAAUUAAAUGAAUAGGUAACAUUCUAUAUAGCUUGCACAUUUUAAAUAGUGUUUUACAAUUAUAUUCUAUCCAAAAGAGUAAAAUAGAAAGUAGAUUAUGUUUCCUUUGAAAUUUCAAUCAUUACAUGUUUUACCUUUAAGCCUCAUAUCUCAUAAUCCAUUUAGGCAUUUCCCUUUUAUUUAUCUUUGGGUUGAACUUCUAUUUUAUAGGAUUGUGUUAAUGAAGCUAGUGAUUAUGAGGUCCCUUCUUCCCCUCUCCUCUUGAAUAUAUUACCUAUAAUUUCAAGUAUUACCACAGUGAAAUGUCAGAGAAAUUUCUGAAUAAUGGUCAGGCUUCCCAAAGAGGCAGAGUUGACUGAAAACAGUCAUAAUUAAUGGUACUUUUCCCUAUAAGAUAUUAAACUAACAAUAUCUUCAUGGUAGCUAAUUAACAAUAUUAGCAUACUGUGAUGGAAAAAAUUAUAAAUACAUUACAAAGGACAAGGAAAUGGGAAUAUCUAGGUAAGACCUGGUACCUUUCCCUUUAAUCCUUACUAUUACCAGGAAUAAUUUAUUAAUCUAUCCCUACAUUUACUAAGUAAAAACUAACUCCAACUCAUGUUUAAACUCAACUUAUAUUCAGAAGCUUAUUGAUAUAAACACACCCAUAUCCACACAAAGCUUGAAAUACCUGACUUUGACAUUUUGAUUUUUAGGUUGAUUUUAUGUAAAUGUUCCUUACAACAAGUGGCUCUAAGUAACCCUUCAGGAUAAUAGAAAACAGUUAUGAACUUAUUAAAAGAAAAUGUUUUUGGUUUUGGUCCUCAAUAAUUAUAUGGGCAUUUUAAAGAAAGUCUUUAGAUCUCCUGAGGGAAAACCUGGGUUUCUGUUCCAUGACCUGAACAGGGCAAAGUACAGGAGAGGCAUUAAUACUAUCCUAUUGUAGAGACACCUGUAUCACAAGUUAUUGAUUUUUCUGAAGCUCAGAUAUUUCCCUCAAAUUUCUACUCAACAGAAUACUUGAAAGUAUUAUAAAUUUGUCUUUAAUAGUUACAUAAUCUGAAUUGAUGCAACUGGUUUUCAACUGGCUAUGGCUAUUCUUUAUUCAGAACAAAAUACAAUUACAUAAGAGAGAUAUAGCUUCAUUUCUCUGCAAUUAUUACUUUUUAAAAUCAUGAAUUAAUGUGUUGCUAUUUUAUCAUUAUACAAAAUGGAGAGACCUACUAUAACUGUUGAUUUACUUCCCCUCUCAUCCUCUAGAGUACUUUUUUAUCAAUAGUAUUUGCAUCUAAAUUAGAUCAACAUGUUUUUAUUUCUUAAAAUAUGAACAAAAAGUUGCGCUAUAAAUAAUUUUGUACAUAUUCUUUCCCAAUGUAUUUGAUCUGUUUGGGGAUAUGCCUAGUGGAUGUAUCUCUGUGUUAAAGCAAAUGCAUAAUUUAGAAACUUUUUGCACAUUGUUCCAAACUAUUAUCCAAAAUGGGUAGAUCAUUUCAAAGAUUAAUUAACAGUGCAUUAGUGUGUCUGUCCUCCUGGAACCCCUGCAACAAUAAUAAUUUUAUUUUUUGUCAUCUUUGCUAUUAUGUUGGACAAGAAGUAGAAAGUUUGAGAUAUUUUAAUUACUCUUAUUAGUGUUUUGGAAAACUCCCACAUGAUUGUUAUCCAAUACCUUGGUUUUCUUCCCUUGAGAACUGCCUAUUUAUCUACAUUUUAUCUAUUAGGAAAUUGCUUUUUAAUAAAUUUGUAUCAAUUUCCUGUAUCUUAGAUAUUAGACUUUUGCAACUGUAUUGCAACUAUAGUUGCAAAUGAUAUUUCCUUCAAUUAUUUCUAAGUUUUUCAUGGGACCUUGGUUAUCUAGGUCAUGUUUUCAUUUGGUGUUUCUUCUAAUAAAUGGUGCAAGCUGUUGAUCUAAA